UGAAAAUCAGGUGAGUAAAACACAUCCUUAGUUUGGUUUACAAGCACAUAUGUAAUAUAUUUUUUUUCAAAAGGUAAGAACGAGGUGCCCCUCCUAUCACAGUAGGGGGGAUCGAACCCAGGCAGUCCUGGGGGAGAUGGAGGGACAAACCAUCCCUCCACUUCAUGAUCCUCAACAUAUAUCUAAUAUGUAUAGCUUUUGUUAAUCAUUUUUCGCCUAUGAUACAAUUAUGUUGUUUUUUUUGGUUGUUGUUGUUUGUUCUUGUCAAGUCUGAAGUUUGUUGUUUUUUCUUCUUCUAAAGUACGAGAGUCAUGAUGAAAGACCGUUUUCCACGUAUUGCGAUAGUGAACUCUGAUCGUUGCAAGCCCAAAAACUGCAGUCUGGAGUGUAAAAAGAGCUGUCCUGUUCAGACAGGGAAACGAUGUAUUGAGAUUAGAUCAGUAACACAAGAUAAAAAACUCGCGUUCAUCUCAGAGGAACUGUGCAUUGGUUGUGGUAUUUGUACUCAGAAAUGCCCUUUUGGAGCAAUUCAGAUCAUUAAUCUCCCAAAAGAUCUGAACAAAGAUACAACACAUCGUUAUGGCCCCAACACCUUCAAAUUACAUAGGUUACCUGUUCCGAGACCAGGACAAGUUCUUGGCUUAGUGGGAACAAAUGGUAUUGGGAAGACUACUGCUCUCAAAGUUUUGGCUGGAAAAUUGAAGCCCAAUUUGGGGAGAUUUGAUAAUCCGCCUAACUGGCAGGAAAUCUUAACUUAUUUCCGCGGAUCAGAACUGCAAAAGUAUUUUAUGCGCAUAUUGGAAGAUAAUCUGAAGGCCAAAAUCAAGCCACAGUAUGUAGAUAACAUUCCAAAGGAAGUACAGGGCAAUGUUGGAGAGGUCUUAGCUAAAAUAGACGAGAAGGACAUGAAGGCUUCUCUCUGCAAUGAUCUGGAGCUGAAUAAAGUUGAAGAUCGUAAAGUGGGAGAUCUAUCAGGGGGUGAACUGCAGAGGUUUGCGAUUGCAGCUGUGGCUAUGCGUAGUGGUGUUAUAUAUAUGUUUGAUGAACCUUCAAGUUAUUUGGAUGUGAAACAAAGGCUCAAAGCUGCCGAAGUUAUCAGAUCAUUGCUGAACCCCCAAAGCUAUGUCAUUGUCGUGGAGCACGAUCUUAGUGUUUUAGACUAUCUAUCAGACUUUAUUUGUUGCUUAUAUGGUAAACCGGGUGCAUAUGGAGUUGUGACCCUGCCUUAUUCUGUUAGAGAAGGAAUCAAUAUAUUCUUGGCAGGAUUCAUACCUACAGAAAAUCUUCGUUUUCGUGCUGAAUCUCUUACAUUCAAGGUUGCUGAGACACCUAAUGCUGAGGAGAUUGAGUCAUAUGCUCUAUACAAAUACCCAACGAUGACAAAAACUCUGGGUGGUUUUAAAAUGUGUGUAAUGGAAGGUGAAUUUACAGAUUCACAGAUUAUUGUGAUGCUGGGAGAAAAUGGAACUGGGAAGACAACAUUUAUUAAGAUGCUGGCUGGUAAAUUGAAGCCAGAUACUGUGGAAGCUUCGGAUGUGGAAGUACCUGAAUUCAAUGUUUCUUACAAGCCCCAGAAGAUUAGUCCAACGUUCAAAGGUUCCGUGAGGGAGUAUUUACAUAGGAAGAUAAUGGAUUCAUACACUCUACCACAGUUUGUCUCAGAUGUCAUGAAGCCUCUUCAGAUACAGCAGUUAAUGGAUCAGCAAGUCGAAAAUUUAUCUGGUGGAGAAUUGCAAAGAGUUGCAUUAGCUGUGUGUCUAGGAAAGCCUGCAGACAUUUAUUUGAUAGAUGAACCAAGUGCAUAUCUGGAUUCUGUGCAGCGUAUUGUGGCUUCUAAGUUGAUAAAGAGAUUUAUUCUCCAUGCCAAAAAGACUGCAUUUGUUGUUGAGCAUGAUUUCAUAAUGGCAACAUAUCUUGCAGACAGAGUAAUUGUUUAUGAAGGGACACCAUCGGUGGAUUGUACUGCAACCUCUCCUCAGUCGUUGUUGAAGGGAAUGAAUCUUUUCUUAUCGCAUCCGGAUAUUACAUUCAGAAGGGACCCAACUAAUUAUCGACCAAGGAUUAACAAGCUUGAUUCCGCAAAGGAUAGGGAACAGAAAUCAGCAGGGACUUAUUACUACCUGGAUAAUUGAUAGGGUGUUCAGUUUUCACCAAGGACUUGAAGGUCACAACCUCAAGGGAUAUGCUGUUUCCAUCAACGGAAGCAUUGGGAUGCUGCAAGCAUCUGGAUAUCGCAUACAGAAGGGACUUAACAAAUCAUCGCUUAAGGAUUGACAAAGUAUACUCCAUUAAAGAUAUGAGG